AUGGGAGUGCCUCAGAGUCGGAGCAGUUCAGAACGGAGGAAGGAGAAAUCAAGAGAUGCAGCAAGAUGCAGGAGAAGCAAAGAAACCGAAGUUUUCUAUGAACUGGCACAUGAGCUGCCCCUGCCCCACAACAUCAGUUCCCACCUGGACAAGGCAUCCAUAAUGCGCCUGGCAAUCAGUUUCCUACGCACUCACAAGCUUCUGUCUUCAGGUAAGAUCUGGAAUGAGAGUGGAGCCGGUGGAGAGCAGAUGGACAACUUGUACCUGAAAGCUUUGGAGGGAUUUAUUGCCGUGGUGACACAGGAUGGAGACAUGAUCUUUUUGUCAGAGAAUGUCAACAAAUACAUGGGUCUUACCCAGGUGGAAUUAACUGGACACAGCAUUUUUGACUUCACUCACCCAUGUGACCAUGAAGAAAUUCGAGAGAAUCUGAGUCUGAAAAAUGGCUUUGGAAAGAAAAGCAAAGAGAUGUCAACUGAGCGUGACUUCUUCAUGAGGAUGAAAUGCACCGUUACCAACAGAGGCAGAACUGUUAACCUCAAGUCUGCCACAUGGAAGGUUUUGCACUGCACUGGACAAGUUAAAGUGUAUAACACUUGCCCUCCUCACACUCUCUGUGGGUAUAAAGAGCCUCUUCUCACCUGCCUUAUAAUAAUGUGUGAGCCUAUUCAGCAUCCUUCAAACAUCGAUAUCCCUCUGGACAGCAAGACCUUCCUGAGUCGCCAUAGCAUGGACAUGAAAUUUACCUACUGCGAUGACAGAAUAACAGAGUUGAUUGGAUACCAUCCAGAGGAGCUGCUGGGCCGUUCGGCGUAUGAGUUCUACCACGCCUUGGACUCGGAAAGCAUGACCAAGAGUCACCAGAACUUGUGUACAAAAGGUCAAGUAGUGACGGGCCAGUACCGUAUGCUUGCCAAGCAUGGUGGAUACGUAUGGCUGGAGACUCAAGGAACAGUGAUUUACAAUACGCGCAACCUACAGCCUCAGUGUAUCGUCUGUGUCAACUACGUGCUGAGUGAAAUUGAGAAGAAUGAUGUUGUUUUCUCCAUGGACCAAACGGAAUCGCUCUUCAAGCCUCACCUGCUGACGAUGAGCACCGCCUAUGAGAGCGGCAUCCCCGGCACGGAGAAGAGCGACUUCUUGUUUACUAAGUUAAAGGAGGAACCAGAGGAACUUGCUCAGCUGGCACCAACACCUGGCGAUGCCAUUAUUUCCCUGGAUUUUGGGACACAGAAGUUUGAGGAAGCCCCUGCCUUCACCAGUGCUGUUUUGACACCAAAGCAAGCAUGGCCAGUGGAAGUGAAAAGCCACGCUGCUCAAGGUGAAACACUGACAAUACCAUCCUUUACAAUGCCUCAGAUUGCACCUGGCAGCAGUACUCCAAGUGCAAGCAGCAACAGUAGCUGUUCCACGCCAAGCAGCCCAGGAGAUUAUUACAGUUCUGUGGAUGAAGAUCUUAAGAUUGAGGUGAUUGAAAAACUCUUUGCCAUGGACACAGAAUCAAAAAGUCAGUGCAACUCCCAGACUGACUUCAAUGAACUGGACCUUGAAACCUUGGCUCCUUACAUUCCUAUGGAUGGAGAAGAUUUCCAGCUCAGCCCAAUCUGCCAAGAAGAACGUCCUCUCUCUGAAAGUGCACAAAAUACCCAGCAGAGUCUAAGUAGCAUGAGUACCAUCUUCCAACCCCUUGCUUCUGCUUCACAGAAUCAGUUCCUCCCAGAGAAAUAUUGCCCACAGCUAUCAAAUAAAAACAAUAACCCUGGUCAUGGGUCCCUGUCAUCGGUAUUCUUCAACCAUGUGAGUAGGUCAUCACUGCUACCAUACCACGACCAAGCCAGCACUCCCCUGUCUUCGAUGGGAGGAAGACCAAACACCCAGUGGCCACCUGAUCCCCCAUUAGAAUAUGUUCCUGCUAAAUGGAGACUCAUGGAUAAAUACUCAGGAUCCCUAUCAAGUUCCCCUUCAGGGCCACCAAUACAUUCUCCCAGCAUGCCCAUAUAUAAAAAAAGGCCCCUAGAUGCUUUUGGGCAACGAGGCAUAGAUAUAAACCCGGCAAGAAUUGCUCUGUCUAACAGUUUGAAACUGAAGCGACAACUGGAUUAUGAAGAACAAGCGUUGCAACAGCUGAGUGGGGGAGAUCCAUCUGUCAUUAACCCAUCUCACCUAAUGUGGAAGAGAAUGAAAUUUCUCAAAGGGGAAAACUGUUCCUUGGUUACAGAAAAGAAGUCUCUCAGCACAAGUGUUCUUACUGAUGAAUUUGUCUGUAACUCAAGAGGUCUAAGCCAACCAAUGAAUCAACUGCAGCAGCAGCAGCAGCAGCAACCCACCUGUGGCAGUCCUGGUGAGAAUUUGAAAGCAGGAGCAUUUCCCCCUCCGUUUUACAGUUCCCAUUAUCAGGACUAUACUGUCCAGCCACCACCUCAUAAAGCGUCAGGUAUGACCAGUCGUCUGCUGGGGCCCUCCUUUGAACCUUACUUGUUGCCAGAGUUGACAAGAUAUGACUGUGAGGUGAACGUCCCUGUCUUGGGCAGCUCUACACUUCUGCAGGGCAGUGAACUGCUCAGAGCACUGGACCAGGCAACCUGAGCGAUCCUGCAAUAUUCCCUGGCCUAUACUGUUCAAAACAGCUUCAGUUUUUGAAUAUAUUUUUGCAAGUAGACAAUUUCUAAUACCAAUACACUUUUACAGGAUUUUACUUAGAUAUUGAACCUGUCCACGUUACCAAUAGUGGCCUUUUGAAGUUACUCACUUUAUUAUUCAUAUUAAAGAAAUACAUCUACUGUAUUUUCUCUAUUGCAAUUAAAGUGUUGUUUAGAGAGUUUGAUUACCCUUCCCCUUAUCUCAUUACUUGUAAUUUAUACUCUGAAAUUUUCUUCAAAUUUCAUGCUAAUAAAAAGCUGUGGUAUAAAUGCCUCAUCAUGUGAUACUUUGGCUGCAGUACAGCAAAGAUUUAUUUUUAUUGCCAAAGAUGAAUGAAACAAAUUUGAUCUCCAACCACAGGUUUUUGUUGAUCUGCCAAAUUGAAAUCCCUUGAGUCUUUCUGUUUUCCAGCAUUUAUCGUAUUGUGACUUUCAUAACUUUUGGAAAAGCAUACUAAGGAAAAAUCCCAGCCUUCCGCCACUCCCCCUUCCCUUCAUUUUUUACACACUUUGUUGAAAGAAAUGUGAAGGGUGAACUGCAAUGUUUGUGGGUAUCUGUGAAAGUUGCACGUUGUAAGCUUUUUUCCUCAGAAGCAGGCCACAUUCUCAGCUGCCUUAACCUGGCUUAGCUCUCCAGCCAAGGGAGUCCUACAGAUUUACCCCAGUGGAGGAUUUAGACCUGUGGUUUCGUUUGUGUUGGGGUUUCUUGUUUUGUUCUUUGUUUUUGUUGUUCCCUUUGUUUUUUACACAAAAUAGAUGAUUUUUUUUUUUUUAACUUCUCUCUGGGUCAGUUGUUAAUCAUCUCUUGGUACUUUUGCUAUAUCUAGGA